UGGGACCGGGCGGAUACAUUUUUCGUUCGUAUAGACCAAUUUUAACAUGUAGAGCUCCGCCAUUGCGGGACGUAACUGUGUCGUAUUCUACAUUACUUAAUUGAAGGCGGGAGAACGGAAGACUGAAUAAAGUUUUGAUGCAAACGGUUCGCAUCAAAUAACUAUCUCUGUGUGAUAAAUAGUGGACUGAUGUUUUUGUAAACCAAACUGCACGGUAACUCGUAGUUUAACAACUUGCUGUUUGGAGUGUUGCAUUGAAUUUUAUUUAGGUAACUGAAAAGUCUUUUACACUGCAGGAUGUCCGCAAGAAAGCCCAAGGAAAAUGGUCAGACCAUUCUCCCUUUCGAAGCGCUGAAACUGUUAGCGCCUCCCGUGCGUCUAGUGUCCGCAGCUCUGUGGAAAGUCAUGAAGGAGAGGGACGUGAUGCAGUAUGGGAUUGUGGAAGAAUUUGUGACCUCCGCCUGCGACACAGUUCCAGGACUGCUCACUUUGAAACACCAAGCUAAACUGACAUUAGGAUUAAGAGCACGGCUAAUCUUGGAGUUGUGCAAACAGCCUGACCCAAAAACCAUUGCAGUGCAUAUGAAAAGGAUUCAAGUUCCUGCCUCACAUUCACCCUCUGCUGUAAAUAUGGAAAGGGAUAUUCGAAUUCAAGACGCAGUGAAAGACUUCCAUGCAUUCAUUCCAGUUUUGCUGACAGACAAGGCGAUGAGGAUGGGUUUUUUUAAGGAAGUAUUUCCAGUGGAUUUUGGACCAAAAUAUGACCAGGAAUUGGAGAAGCUGCUCUGGGAGUUUUUAAUCCGUCUAGACCAACUACUCCCAGUUCCCAAUCUUCCACAGACUGUGUCAUGGCUCAAUGAUGCUCCUCCUGUCUUGGAGGAGUGUGCUCGGGCAGCUACACAACCACAGCUUCUUAAAGUUCUUCUUCAGCAUCAAAGUUGUUUGGGUCACCUGGAGGCCGCAGCAUCCCUUCCUCCAAAUAUGGGAGACUCCAUCAUUGCUUCCCUUUCCCUUCCUCCCUCUGGAAAACUGCCUUCAAAUACACCAGCAGGAUUUGGAGUAUCAGAUCAGUCUUCCUUCAUGUCCCUGUGCUCUAACAAAACACCACUUAUCAAACCUGUUUUCGGACUAAUUUCUAAUGACAACAUGCCAAUGGCUAACACCAAUGAGGAAGGCAGUGAAAAUCUUCUCACAGAAUCAAAUACCAAGUAUACAGAGCUCAAAGAAAAACAAAUUGUAGGGAGUGCUGAUCAGGCAGAAAAUGGAGGAAGUUCUGGGGUGAAAAGAAAGCAUAUUGAUGGGGACAGUGCAUCAGACGAGGAAGACCUACUCAUAAAAAGUAGGUGUGUUAAAAAAAGGAUAACCAGAAAUUUACAUCAAAUCAACGGUAAGUGCCAACCAACAGAAAUGCCAGGUGACAGUAGUGAAGUACUGAAAGCCUGCUUGCGUGAUAUCGGUUUGAAAAUGAUUUGGAUUCCAGAUGAUGACUCUCACUGUGCCAUAUGGGUUUCCUGCCUAAAAAGUCAGCCCAAAGUGAAGGUUGAAAGACUACUGCUUUGUUCUGGUUAUGAUCAAGACAAAAAUCUCCCAAACCAAAGAUGUGUUUCAUCAGUCACCAUCAAGCACAACAGCACAAGCACCCAAACUCGGAGGAACAAGGCCAGUAUCCUGGUUUCAGACAAUAAAGAAAACACUACCAACCACCCAUGUUCACAAAGAUCAUCCCUACAACUCAAACGUAUCGAACAUCAGGACUCCCCAGGAGAAAAUGAAGACUAUGUUGCUGAUUCUGAAGAUGAAGCUACAAAGAACUUUAAAGGACGGCUUUUUGCUAAACGCUAUUGUAAAACCAAGCAUGGCACAUAUGUUCCUACUUUGAGGGAGUAUUGGAAACCAUGUGCAGAGAGGCGCACCCUUCUUGGUCCUGGCAGUAAACAGCGAUGAAUGGACAUUUUAAGGACUUUGA